UUUUAUCAAAUCCAACACAAAGCACCAGUAAAAUAACACUUGUUGCCUUGGAAACCUUCAACUUGAAGACUCGCAGAGAGAGCACUGCCAUAUCUCUUUCCCCGGCUCUCUGGCACCAGUCUUCUUCUCCGUUGUUUGUUAACACAACAUAAAGAUAUAGGCUUAAUGAGAUGAUGAAUUAUGGGGUUUCUUAUGGUUAUAAUAAUGGAGGUGGAUCAUCAUCCUCCUCUUCAAAUUUAUCAGCUUCAGCCCCACCUUUCACUGUUGAUAGGUCUGCAGCAAAACCCCUUUUGGAUUUAACUGAACCCACUUAUCCUGUUAGCUUGAAUCCCUCCUUACACAAUUGGGUCACCUCCAACUCUUACAUUCCCAAUUCAAGACCUGAUCUCUUUCCCAUUCCAAACCUGGAAUUUGAUUCCUUGCCUUCCCCACUUGCAUUUGGAUACUCCUCGCCUACUUCCCAGAUGCCAUCUAUGAGCCACCCUCUUGUUUCGGCUUCCACUGAUGCUGUUUUGUAUGGUCAAGGUAAUCCUAGCAUUGUUGAAGCUAAACCAUAUUAUCCGUAUGUUUCACCUGCAAUUGCUAGUGAUGGUUCCUUGAAGAUCCCCAACCAAUCUGGUUAUGAAUUGUUGUCUACCUCUCAUGUUGGAACAUCUAAUGGAUCCUCUCGUGAUGGUUAUAGUCAAAGCUUGGUAGUUUUGGAUCAUACAGCACAGUGGAAUGGCUUGUGGGAGGGAGUUACUGAUUGGCAUCAGAGCAAAAAAAUGCAACUUGACGGAGGUUUUUCUGCGAAGGAGAAUUUCAUUAAUCAAGGGUUUUCUGCAUUCAAGGAUAUCAGCAAAUGUGAAGAAACUUCCCUUGGAAUCGACGUGGUUGGUAGGCAAGCACACACUGAGUCUGCAAGCACAGGACAGCUGGAUUAUAAAGCGUUCCUUGGUGAAAAACCCAAGUUCCUGCAUGCGGGUUAUUCAACACCAUCACCUUUGGUGUUUCCUUCAGUAGCACCACAAGCUUAUCCUCAGGUACCAUCCUCAAAUGUAGUCAAUUCUCCGAUUAAUCAAAUGCCAGAUGUCAUUUCAUAUGGAAAAUCCUCAAGGAAGCGUGAUGCUAGUCCAAAUGAUAGUAUGCCAGUGAUGAAGCCUUCACCUGCUGUUGUUGUUAGAUCCCCAGGGCAAGAUACAUAUUCAUUUAAAAAUAUGAAAUCUGGUUGUGAUGGUGAUGAGAAGGGCAAUAAUUCCUCAUCUGUGCCAGAGCCUAGCUCUGAAGGAAAAGUUUUCUAUGAUUCUAGCCAAAUUAAUUUUCAUCUGAAACAACAUGAUGAUUACUUGGCAGAAAUUUCCUCUAAAAACAAUGAGUUGCCAAGCAACAAAAAUAUUUCUGUGAAUUUCUUCGAUAAGCUUUUCAAAGAAAAAAUGGACAAUAAAGUUCUUCGUAGAAAUCUAGAUUUCUUCAAUUUGGAUAUGGAUGGUCAUGAAGCCAUAGGUUCUGUAGAGAAUACUUCUGAAAGUUUAGAUCAUUACAACCCUGCUGUGGACUCACCAUGCUGGAAAGGUGCUCCAGUUUCUCAUCUAUCUGCAUUUGAAAUUUCUGAGGUUGUGGACCCGCUGAUUCCGAAAAAGGUAGAAGCUUGCAAUGGCUUGAGUCCUCAGGACCCUCAAAUCUCCCCUUCCGCUACUAAUGAUGCUGUAAAAGCCUGCCCUGAAAAACAAAGUAAUAUUUCUGUGCCCCUCAAUCAUGAGAGUCUGGAACAUCAACCAGCCUCUUUGUUUAAGAGGCCUUUAGUUGCUAAAAUGUUAUUUAGAGAAGAAAUUGAUGAUGCUGGGAAGUACGGACCCUACCAAAGGAUACCAAGCUAUUGUCAUGAAGCUCAAAUUUCUGAUGUCAUUGAUGAUGAAACUAGGAAAGAAAGUAUCCUUUCUGAUUUUAACUCCCUGCACACUGAGAAGCGAAGUCUUGAAGAUGGUGAAUGGCCAUCAAAGAAAAAUUCUUAUGUUGCAGAUGUUAGGAGGAAAAUCAAUGAUGACCCUGAUGAUUGUUCAUCUCACGUACCGUUCCAUGCUAUAGAACAGGUCUUAUGUUCGCCACCUUCAUCAGAACAUGCCCCUGCUCAGCACACCCAAUCACAGGGUGAAGAAUCAUCGUCAAAGAUGCAUGCACGAACACUUGUUGAUACAAUGCACAACCUUGCAGAAUUGCUCCUAUUUUACUCUUUGAAUGACACUUGUGAGUUGAAGGAUGAAGACUUUGAUGUUCUUAAAGAUGUGAUCAACAAUCUCAAUAUCUGUAUGUCGAAGAAUUUGGAAAGGAAGAUUUCAACACAAGAAUCAUUGAUUCCUCAGCAAGCCACUUCUCAAUUUCAUGGAAAGUUAUCUGAUCUUUACAAGGGCCAACUUGAGUUUCAGUAUUUUGAGGAUGAGGAGCAUAAAAUUGCGUCUGAUAAGAAAAAGGAGAAACUGUCAAAUUGGGUUUCCACAAGGUGUGCUGCUGAUACAGUCAAAGAUGAUAACAUGACCCAGGCUAUAAAGAAGGUUCUUGCCAAGAAUUUUCCGAUCGAAGAAGAAUCCGAGUCUCAAAUUCUUCUGUAUAGAAAUCUAUGGCUUGAAGCAGAAGCUUCAUUGUGCUCUGUUAAUCAUAAGGCUCGCUUCAAUCGAAUGAAGAUUGAGAUGGAAAAAGGCAACUCACAAAAAGCAAACGAUUUUUCUUCUGCUGCCCCUGUUGUACCAGAAAAAUCUAUGGUCAAGGAGAAUCUUUCAAAGCCCAAGGUUUCAUCUGACAUAUUGCCUGCUGAUGAUAAGGGCUGCCCUGUCCAAGAUGUUUCCUUAAUAGAUUCAUCUAUCUUGAACAGUAACAGCCAUUCAGAUGAUGUCAUGGCCAGAUUUCAUAUCUUAAAAAGCCGGGUUGAAGACUCAAAUUCUAUGAGUACUUCAGCUGUGGAGAAAUUAUCAAGUUCCAAGGUUUCUACUGAUCUGAACCUGGUUGACAAAUUGGCAUGUGACACGAAUGAUAGCACUAAGCCCAAUUUAUCCAUCCAGGAUUCUCACAUGUCGGGAACAAGCAGUAAUGCUGAUGGUGUUAGCAGCCAUGCAGAUGAUGUUAUAGCUAGAUUUCAUAUCUUAAAAUGCCGGGUUGACAGCUCUAGUUCUGGGAAUACUUCAGCUAUGGAGAAAUUGUCAAGUUCUAAGGUUUCUCCUGAUCUGAACAAGGUUGACAAAAUGGUAUAUGACACCAAAGAUAGUACGAAGCCCCAUAUAACCAUCCAGGAUUCCCCCAUGGCAGGAAGGAGCAGCCAUGCAGAAGAUGUCAUGGCCAGAUUUUGUACUUUAAAAGGCCGGGAUGACAACUCUAAUUCUGUGAAUAUAUCAGCCAUGGAGAAAUUGACAAGUUCCAAGGUUUCUUCUAAUCUGAGCAAUGUUGGUAAAUUGACUGUCGAAGCAAAAGAUAGCACAAAGCCAGAUAUAACCAAGCAGGAUUCUCCUUUGCCAAGCACAUCAAGUCAUGCAGAAGAUACUGAAGCUGCUAUUAUGGCCAGAUUGCUUAUCUUGAAACACAGAGAUGGCUGUUCAAGUUCCUUGGAAAUGGAAGAGCAUCAGCCAGAGAGCAUUGAUAGUGGGUACACCUGUCUGAGAAGGGAUGUUCCAAUGGGUAAAGGUGGAUUGAAAGACAGCAUUUUGGAUGUAAAUAUGGAACCUGCCAUCCGAAAUUAUCCUGCUGACUCUGCUGAAGACAAAUCAACUGUGAAAGAAUUCCGGUUAUUUGUCAAUGACGAUGCCAAGAUCCAAUCUAGCCUCACCAAUAGGUUUGGAGACCAACCUCAUGCUGGUUGGUAUGAUAGCUGUUCAUCAGACUGGGAACAUGUGUUGAAGGAGGAGAUUGUAGGGCAGGGUUAUUGAUGAACAAGUUGGAUGCUCAAUGUUCCCUCAUCUGCAAAUAAUAUCCUCUCUGUUUUCCAAUAACAUAUAUAUGGUGUGACAGACAUUUUUACGUUGGCUUUGCUUUAAUGAGAGUUUGAUGGCUCUUUGAUCGUAUGAAAAGUUUAUGGACUUCGAAUUUUGUAAAUGUAUGUGUGCCUUUUUUCC